AUGGACUUCCUGUCAUCUUCACAACAGACAGGCCUUUUGUCAUCAGCAGCCGCAGCUGCUGCAGCUGCCGCUGUCGCCGUAGCCGGAGUCCAACAGCCGACUUCAGAAGAAAAAGAUCUUUUAGCCGUAAUUGAAGCCAACGUUCGCCCAUCAGAUACAUAUGAACGACCAUCUCUUAGCUACAAGGAUUUAAUUAUCGAAGCCAUUGAAAGUAGUCCCGAAAAAAGGCUCAAACUCAACGAGAUUUAUCAGGUUAUUCGCUUGUUACACCCAUACUACCGUCAUCGUCCAGAUCAAUGGGGAUGGCAAAACUCCAUUCGCCACAAUCUAUCUCUCCACGAUUGUUUUGUGAAACUACCAUUGAAACAAACAUCCGCCAGCGGAGUUGUAGCUUCAGGCCAUUUCUGGACCGUAGUCCCAGAACUAAGUGAUAAGCAGACUUUGAGAAGACGGAACCGUCAAGCUACUCGUACUGCUUCUCGGACCAAGACUAUCGAAUCUAUGGGUGUAAAAGAAGAAACUUCAACAUCUUCUGGUGGAAGCUCUCCUACGCCAUCUACAACUUCUAUAUCUCCACCUAACGAUUUGCCCAAACCUCAAGCCAGCUAUGGAAAUCUGGAUCUAUUGAACGCUGCUAUUAAUGGUGAAAAUAACUAUGGACAUUCAUUACUGCAAGCUUAUUUGUAUCAACAAGGACUAUUAAAUAUCCAGCAACAGUUGGUAGAAAUGGCCACAAGCGGAAAUAAUCCUUUGGCAGGUCUGGCUGCAGCAGCGAAUCCCUUAUCGGUGAAUCCAUUGCUAGCCUUAAGCCUAGCAGCGAAUAACCUGCAAACCCUAAGUGCCCUGAGUACGCCGGCUCCUACGUCUCCCAUCAAUCCUAUCAAACAGGAGCCAGCUUUUAUGCUUUGA